AUGGGCAGCCCUUUCAUAGAAAAGAAGGAUGACGAGGACAUUGCAGCCGCUCCCGGCAGAGCACAGAAUGUGCCCUGCGACCUGGGCUACUUCCCCUGCGGCAACACCACCGAGUGCUUACCUCAGCAGCUGCAGUGCAACGGCGUGGACGACUGCAAAAACCACGCGGACGAGGACAGCUGCGGAGACAUCAAUGGAUGGUCUACACAAUUUGACAGAUAUUAUGGCAAUAACUACAAAAUGAUGUCCUUGUAUCCCAGUAUUGUGGCAGAAACAUCUGAAUGCUUGGUCGGUUCUGCACCCAUGCAAUGCAUUUGCCAAGGUUUAGAACUUGAGUGUGAUGAGAUCAAUUUACGAGCUGUUCCAUCAGUUUCUUCAAAUGUGACUUUUAUGUCACUCAGGCGGAACUUAAUAAGAAAGCUUCCUCCUAAUGUCUUCAAAAGGUACCACGGUCUUCAGACUCUGUGCCUGCAAAACAAUAAGAUUAGAUCCGUAUCUGUCUAUGCUUUCCGAGGACUGUACAAUCUUACUAAACUGUAUCUCAGUCAUAACAGAAUAACCCUCUUGAAGCCGGGUGUUUUUGAAGAUCUCCACAGACUAGAGUGGCUGAUAAUUGAAGAUAAUCACCUCAAUCGAAUUUCCCCACUAACAUUUUAUGGACUAAAUUCUCUUAUUCUCCUAGUACUGAUGAAUAAUGUCCUUACCCGCUUGCCUGACAAAUCUCUUUGUCAGCACAUGCCCAGACUGCAUUGGCUGGAUUUUGAAGGCAACCAUAUCCAUAAUUUAAGAAAUUUGACUUUUAUUUCCUGCAGUAAUUUAACUGUUUUGGUAAUGAGGAAAAACAAAAUUAAUCACCUUAGUGAAAAUACGUUUGCACCUCUCCAGAAACUAGAUGAAUUGGAUUUAGGAAGCAAUAAAAUUGAAAAUCUUUCUCCACAUAUCUUUAAGGAUCUGAAGGAGCUCUCACAACUGAAUCUUUCCUAUAACCCAAUCCAGACAAUUCAAGCCAACCAAUUUGAUAAUCUUGUCAAACUCAAAUCUCUCAGCCUAGAUGGAAUUGAAAUUUCAAAUAUCCAACAAAGGAUGUUUAGAUCUCUCAUGAAUCUCUCUUACAUCUAUUUUAAGAGAUUUCAGUACUGUGGCUAUGCACCGCAUGUUCGCAUCUGUAAACCAAAUACUGACGGACUCUCAUCUUUAGAGGAUCUCUUGGCGAGCAUUAUUCAGAGAGUGUUCGUCUGGGUUGUGUCUGCAGUCACGUGCUUUGGAAACAUCUUCGUCAUCUGUAUGCGACCUUGUAUCAGAUCUGAGAACAAGCUGCAUGCCAUGUCAAUCAUUUCUCUCUGCUGUGCUGACUGCUUGAUGGGAAUCUAUUUAUUUGUGAUUGGAGCCUUUGACCUGAAGUUUCGAGGAGAAUACAAUAAACAUGCGCAGCUGUGGAUGGAGAGCAUUCAUUGUCAGCUUCUGGGGUCCCUGGCCAUUCUGUCCACAGAAGUAUCUGUAUUACUUUUAACAUUUCUGACACUGGAAAAAUAUAUCUGCAUUGUGUAUCCUUUUAGAUGUUUAAGACCUGGAAAAUGCAGAACCAUUACAGUUUUGAUUCUCAUUUGGAUUAUUGGGGUUAUUGUGGCUUUCAUUCCACUGAGCAAUAAGGAAUUUUUCAAAAACUACUAUGGCACCAAUGGAGUAUGUUUCCCUCUUCAUUCAGAAGACGCAGAAAGUACUGGAGCCCAGAUUUAUUCAGUGGCAAUUUUUCUUGGUAUUAACUUGGCAGCCUUUAUCAUCAUAGUGUUUUCCUAUGGAAGCAUGUUUUACAGCAUUCAUCAAAGUGCCGUAACAGCAAAUGAAGUACAGAAUCAAGUUAGAAAAGAAAUGAUCCUUGCCAAACGGUUUUUCUUUAUUGUAUUUACUGAUGCAUUAUGCUGGAUACCCAUCUUUGUACUGAAAUUUCUCUCAUUGCUUCAGGUAGAAAUACCAGGUACCAUAACCUCUUGGGCAGUGAUUUUUAUUCUGCCUAUCAACAGUGCUUUGAACCCAAUUCUCUAUACUCUUACCACAAGACCAUUCAAAGAAAUGAUCCAUCAGUUCUGGUAUAACUACAGACAGAGAAGAUCUAUAGACAGCAAAGGAAGUCAGAAGACAUAUGAUCCGUCAUUCAUCUGGGUAGAAAUGUGGCCCAUGCAGGAGAUGCCCUCUGAGUUAAUGGAGCCAGUUCUUUUCGCAGACCCCUCUAAAUUAUCACUUAUUUCUCAAUCAACUAGACUCAACUCCUAUUCAUAACUGACAGAUACCAAUUUCUACACAGAGAAUACUGUGAGAUGUUUCAUGAUGGAUUUAUGAGUUUAAACUAAAUGCCACAAAAUAAUUUAUAAUAAUGGCUAAAAUCAAUUCACUUAGAAGGACAUGAGGUUAUUUGGGAGAAAUCAAAAUGACUGAUGCCUGUGUAAAGGGAAAUAAAUUAUAUUGAUAAUGUGUAUGUAUUAGUACAUAUUUUGAUAGGAAAUUAAGAGAAAUAUAUUUCAGAAAGGCUCAUUUGUUCUAUUAGCAUGCAUUUAUUGAGUACCCACUAUGUGCAUGGCACUGUGAUAAAUUCCUGGGAGCAAAUAGUAAAAAAUCUUGUCAAUUUGCAAUGUUAAAUUGUAUAACUACAAGAAUAUAUUAAUACAAAGUGCACCUGCAACUCUUAAUCUAAGGUACAGCUUUGCCUGUCUUGAAAACAUAAGGAUCGUGGACACUUUUAAAUAAAAGUUUAAUGUUUUCUAAUAAUCAAUAUACUAACAUCAGAGAAAAUGUCUCAUUACUGGAAAAUGCAAAUAUUUUAUUUUAAGAACUCAUUUUACCUCUCUUCGAGUCUUCAUACACUUGAGAGGCAAUACACAUUUAUUCCUAUGGAAAAAAAGGUGCUCUGAUAAUAGCUCAAAACAGCACCUUUCUAUCAAUUUCCAGCCCAGUUGUCUUUUUGCUUUAUAUGAUCACCAUUAUAUGAGAUUGUAAAAAGGUGAUAGAAGUAUUGCAAAGGAAUGAAUCAGAAAAGCUAGAAUGAAAUCAGUGGAAUAGAACCGAGAGUACAGAAAAAACCCUCAUAUUUACAGUCAAUUAAUGUUCAACAGAUAUACUAAGAUAAUCAAAUGGGGAAAGAACAGUCUUAUCAAUAAAUGAUGCCAGUACAACUGGAUAUUACCAUGCAAAAGAAUGUAGUUGGACCCCUACUUUAUACUAUAUAUAAAAAUUUACUCAAAACAGAUCAAUGAUAUAAACAUAAAUCACUUAGAAGAAAAUAUAUGGGAAAUCUUCAGAACCUUGGCUUUGACAGUGGAUUUUUAGAUAUAACAUGAAAAGUAUGAGUAAGAAAAGGAAAAAAUGGAUAAACUGGAUUUCAACUAAAUCAAACACUUUUGUGCAUCAAAGAACAGAAACAAACACAAUAAAAAGACAACCUUCCAGAAUGAAAGGACAUUUUUACAAAUCACAUAUCUGAGAAAUAUAUAAAGAACUCCAAAAUAUAUAAAGAACU